AUGGCUGUACUCUGCAUCAAGAAGCCAAAUCUUGUUAUGGGAAUAGUUUCAAUGAAUUCAUUGAGGCAAGGCGUAGUUGUUAUUUGUCUCUGGCAUUUAGCAUUAUUGAGAGAUAAAGGAAUCAGUAUUGAAAAGGAUAAAUCCAUGGAGGAAGAAAAUACCAAUAGUAAUCUUGGAAAAUAG